CUACGCUUUCCCCUUCACGCUCCCAGCCACAGGUGCUGCGUCAGCCAAUGAUGAUCACCGACCGACCUACGACCAUCGAUGGUCAACUGAUCAUUCGACUUGACUUCGACAGUGGACCCAGUGGACUUCGGCGACAGAAACAGUGGACUUCGACGACAGAUACAGUGGACUUCGACGACAGAUACAGUGGAACAGAAGCCUUCGAUGCGGCUGCAGUGCUACGCACAGGCCUUCACCCCCGGCACACGAGCCUCCAAAUCUGACAUACAGGCCUCCGCCGCAUUGUAGGGCACUCUGGCACGAGGAGGCGACCAAUCAGUCGCGCGAGAAUAUGGGCGCUCAUGAUGUGGUUUGCAACCUUAUUCUCGCUUACACUGUACGCGCUCGGCACUCCUGCGCCUUGCCUCAUAUUGCCAGCGGGCAUCCAGGACGAUACAAGAGACGCUCAGCCUCGUUCGAACUGCCUCUGUGGGACGAACGAUCCUCGUGAAUAUACUACUUUCGCACCGACCCGCCGACGGGCCUGUGCCUUCGUCAGCCCUUCUGCGGUCACUGCGCGCGCAGCGACUGGUCAAUCCCGACGUGACUCACCUGGACUCAUUCCGCACAUGGUUCGUAUCACGAGCGCCAUCCGCACGACGCUGACGCUGUUGGGUGGUGGUAUAUAAGGGAGUGCCUAAUUUUGUCUUCACCUGCGUCCGUCAUCUCUCCUAUACUUGGGCGUCAUGACCGAGGCCGCUUUCCCUUUUACCAUUCGCAGGGUCUUGAACCCGACUGAAGAGGAGACGGUGGCUAUUAUUGAUGUCAUGACGGAGGCGUUCAAGACGGAUCACUCAUCGCUAACGCGCUCGCCCCAGACCCCGGCUCCGUCCUCGGCUUCGGAAAAUACCUCGACCUGGUUAUCCGACCUCGCAACGAAUACGUCGUGCGCGCCGUCCU